ACCACCAUCUCCUAUCGACCCUCACUCUUUCUUCUUAGUCCUAUAUCUUUACUUUGACUACCUCACCGCUAUAUGGGAGUCAUGUCUGAAGAACCGGAAGACGUCAAGCCAAAACUCAGCCUGUCCAUCAACUACGAGGGCACGCCCAUCACAAUCAAAGUAAAGGGCAAUACACCUUUCAGGAAGAUCUUCGAAGCCGCAGAGAAACGCUUCGGCAAAGACCCAGGAACUUUCAAAUUCGUGUACGAUGGAGAACGAGUAAACGCGCAGGAUACACCUUUGUCGCGGGGUAUGGAGGACGGAGAUGUUAUUGACGCACAUCUAGAGCAGGUCGGUGGCAGUCUCUCACCAUGAGCUCAUUGACUGCCUCAGAGAUUAUCUUCCUUCGUGUCACCUUCGUCGCUUUUUCGACCUUCUCGUGGGCCUCUGUCUGCUUUGAAUCGUAUCUGUGAAGUACUCGUCAUGCGAGGGAGAGUUGUAUGACCAUACUUUACUUCUGCCUCGUUGCUUAUAUCUCUCUUUCUUCGUAUUGUUGGGCACCGAAGACCGCUACCAUUGCUCCUCUAAAUUAUACAUUCACAAAUACAAUCAGUUCCGGGCCACACAUAAUCUUCCUGUUCCGUUAGGUCUUAGAACAAGAGU